AUGCGCGUCGGCAUUGGAUUAUGUUUGGCGGUGCCCAUCGAGCAGGAGGUGGCUGAGCCAGUCUUGGGGGAACUGGCCGUCGAUUCGGGGGAUGUUCUUGCUGAGAUGGCCGAGCUCGACGAUGAGCCCGAGCUGAGCGAGCACGAUAUGGGCAAGAGGACGAUGGCCCUCGGCCGGAUGGGGUUCAGGCCCGGAAAGCGGAGCCUCGCCCUUGGCCGUGCUUCGUUCAGGCCGGGAAAGCGUUCGGUAGCCCUUGGGCGUAUGGGUUUCCGGCCUGGAAAGCGGAGUCUCGCCCUUGGACGAGCUUCGUUCCGGCCCGGAAAGCGGAGUCUUGCCCUUGGCCGUGGACACUUCCGGCCCGGAAAGCGCUCGUAUGAGUUCACACCCGAGGAGAUCGGCAUGAACAUCAUCUACUCC